AUCACCAAACAAUCGAUGUUGAUCAUCAGCACAACAUCCACGACGAGACGGACAACCUAGGAAAACCCAAUGCCCGUAUCUGCGUGGUAAAUGACGUCGCUAUGUCUGUAGAUGUGCUGGAUACCACUGUGCCUGACAUAGACGACGUGUCAAGCGGCCUCGACGAUGAAAUCGCCGCACUACGUGCCCAGAUCCACAAUCUCUCCAAUCGCAGGCAACUCCUUUCAUCAAGCCUCCUAUCGACCAAUACCGUACAAGAUGUGCUGGCUCAGCAUGUUCCGCUCGGGUUGGAAAAGGAUAUAGAACCUGUCAUCCUGAGUAGCGGAAAGCAUGCCCAAACCAACCACCAUCGCAUUACCUUCUCCGUUACAUCCUUUCCUUUUAAGGACCCUUCGCCUCACGCGGCGUCAUCCAACUUACUAGGUAUUCGAAUUGACAUCUGCACGCGCCAUGGAACCUUUGUUAAACCAUACUAUCUACUGUUAAAACGCGUUGGCGGACCGGAGAAGAAGUUCCUCCAAGUACAUCGCCAUACCAUUCCUAUCUUCGUACCAUUGACUCAGCUGGAACAAAGAUACCUUUCUGUGCCCCGUGGCACAAAUGGAGCGGAUUCCGCAAUUGCGAAAUCGCGCAAGACUCCAAAGCAGGAUUUGCGUAGCCUCGUGCGAGAAUUAAGGCAGGAGCUGGUCGCUUGGCAUUUGCGCUGCGAUGCGCUCAAGUGGUUACAAGAGGAACUUGGUAUCCCGGACGAGAGCGGCAUGGAUGAGUCGCAGGUGUCGCAGCGCAACCUUCAUGACGACCCGCGGCCUGAAAGCGAUUUGGGGAUUGUAUCCGUUAAUGCAACCGCUAUCGAGACGAGAUACAUUCGCAUUGAAUGGCGGGAUGGCCGUGUAGGCCGCAUAAAACUCUCCAACAAGGGAUAUGUGGAGCGCGCUAUUAUCAUUGGUGAUGAGGGCAGAGAUAAAGUGACCGAAAACUUACUGACAGGGGGUGACGGGCGGAUCGAAAGUGCAAUUGAAAGGUUGCGCGGUGCCUUGAAACCUGGAUGAGUGGGUCAUACAUAGCGGCUAAUUCGGAAUAAUUGAAAACCUAACGCAUUGUGUCAUUGUCACAUAUGCCCAACCUAGCUGUAUGAUGACAUUUAUGCUCGUUGAUUGGCCGCUGUGGUUUCUACUGACAUGUCCCUCUCCCCGAUUGCCAGGCUCUAUCCGCAGUGAGAACCCAUCUCGUGGUAUUUAUUACCAAGUACAUGCACACUACGGCGAUCACUACUGGUUCUUAAUCAUAAUCAGUCGCAUGCGGGCUCAUCAUUACGUUGAAACAUCCGCGUACGCUCUGCGUAUCCACCGCUAGCAGCUGUAGCCUCGAUUUAUUACUAAUGGUCCCUAACUACUAUCUAAAGCGUACGGCUGGAUACCCUUUCUCCACUUUAUCUCGAAAAGUAGAUGCCAAUAUAGUCGCUGGAACUCGAGGGCUAGACGCCAAAGUACCAGUUCCAUAUCCUGUAUUCGUUUGAAGUUUCGUUUUUUGGUCACCUCUCGAAUUUUAGGGUUACAGGAAUUGGACCGUUUCAAAAUGAGUUAACCGAGGGAGUUCAAUACUAAAAGUACUGGGAGUUGGACGGCCUUAAAGCCUCUGGCGAGAAAAUCGCGAUGCGAUCUCGGCAUCCUCUGAGCCAUCGCCUAUUACUGGCAAGCACUGGGAAGACGCCCCACCUUUUUUUUAAGCGAAAAAAUGUCUGUACAUGAGCUCUCUCACCAGCCGGUCGUUCAGGCUUUUGCCUACGCUUAUCGUUCAUCUUUGUUUCGGUAGUGAGCGAUGAAAAUGGGGAGAACAGGAGGGGAUAUGGACGCAACAACCCUUCCACUUUCUCACCAGUGCUGAAGGAGUCACCCAGUCCAGGACGAUGCGUCACGUUAAAGGGAAUUGCGAUGGGAACGAAUUUGACAGGUGGAAUAUCAAAAAUACCCUAUUGCUGAUAAGCAGCUUUGCAAGGUAGUUGAACAGAAGUCGCACGAUGAUAAGGGGGAGUUGUGGAGAAUUGAACGACGAUAAUAUUAGUAGUAAAAAUAAAAUAUUUAGCGGUUGCGCUUUUUUUCAUUGUUGCAUUUUCAUAGAUCUAAUUUUAUGACGUCGAGUAUCGCUCCAAAAGUUGACACUGGAACCUUUGCCAUAACUCUCGUGGUGUAGCCGGAAGAAGUUUGUUUUGUCAAAGUUGAACAUUACGUACAUACUCUUUAGUCUUGAGAGUUAGAGGCUUUUAGCGCUGUUAAUUGGAUCAUGCAAGUCUCCCACCAGCAUCAAAAUGACAACACCUGAAUCAGAUUCAUGGGGAAUUAACAAAUACCCAUGGAUUUCAUCGAGAACAGGCGGCAGCUUUAUUCUAAACAAGGUCCCAUUCAUGUUAAUAAAAAUGGCUAGAUUUGAAGAGGUGUAGAAUUAACUAGAGGUUGUCUAAAACGUAUUUCUGAUUUGGAUUUUUAUUUAUUUUUCAUGGCAGCUGCCAGCGUUUGCGAGGUCGAUUGUAUUCAUCCGGUUGUUUAAAAUGCAACCGUGGAAAAGUUAAUGGAGUACAAAAUCAAUUUUUUGUGAAGCAUACUACAUUAAAAUCGUAUCUGGCAGGUUGAUGUGGGAUUCUGUGUAAUGUCAGAUAUAGAUAUUGGGUGACGUAGUGUCAAUUUGUAACAUAGCAACGAGUUCGUGAAACA